UUGUUAUUGCAGUUGGUCUAGUUCGAGCAUACCUGGCUAAAGGUAGCUACCAUAGCCUUUACUAUUCAAUAGAAAAGCCCCUGAAAUUCUUCCAAACUGGAGCUUUGCUUGAGAUUCUGCACUGUGCAUUUGGCAUUGUUCCCUCUUCUGUUGUUCUGACUGCUUUCCAAGUGAUGUCAAGGGUUUUCCUGACGUGGGCAGUAACACAUAGUGUAAAAGAGGUACAAACUGAAGAUAGUGUCCUGUUGUUUGUCGUGGCCUGGACAAUCACUGAGAUAAUCCGUUACUCUUUUUAUACGUUUAGCUUGUUAAACCAUCUCCCUUAUCUCAUCAAAUGGGCCAGGUACACUUUGUUUAUAGUAUUGUAUCCAAUGGGAGUCUCAGGUGAAUUACUCACAAUAUAUGCUGCAUUACCCUUCGUCAGGCAGUCUGGCUUGUAUUCCAUUAGUUUACCUAACAAGUACAAUUUUUCUUUUGACUACUAUACAUUCCUGAUCCUGGUUAUGAUCUCUUACAUUCCAAUCUUUCCUCAGCUGUAUUUUCAUAUGCUACAUCAGAGACGAAAGGUACUCUCCCACACUGAAGAACACAAAAAGUCGGAGUAAUUCCAACUCUUUUUCAGAACUUUUCAAACAUCAAAAUGCUGCAGAUUUUCAAUACCCAGCACAUUUAUAAAGAAUAUACCAGGAUAAAAUAAGUCAGAGGUAAAAGACCAAUAAUUUAGCAAGAAUAACCAAUAAAUCUGAUUUCACUGAAAUUCCACAAUGUAAAACAUUGAAAUAAUUUUCAGCUUGCAGUGCUUCAGAAAACUUUAAAACUUUAUAUGGCUUGGCAGUUAGCCUUUUCCUUUUCCUUAAAUGAUGUGCUAAAUGGUUUUCAUUUAUUACUAAAUGCCUGAAGGUUGCAGUAUAAGUGAUGAAGUUGUACCCACUAAAUGCUUGAAUUGGGAUUAUAUUACUGAUACCUCUUUUUUAAGUGCUUGACUGCAUGCCAGAAACUGUAUGUAUUGCUGUGAAAGCAAACAAUAUGCUCUGGAAUACUUUAGGAUUUUGUCAGAGACUCCAGUGGACAAUGUAAUCCGGGCAAAGUGUUUGAAUUUAGAAAGGUAGGUUGUGUAUUUAAAAGGUGAUGGGAACAAGAAUAGGAAACCAAUUAUGGGAAAUGAGGGGAAUGUGGUUCUUUAGGAAUUUAAACAGUAGGGUGUCUGACCAGAGCGUUCUCUGAAGAUCUUGUUUAAGCCGACUACUCAAAUGCUAAUGUUAAUUCAGAGGCUAUAAUGCUUAUCUGAAACAUUAAAACUCCUCUAAGUACUGCAUCCCUGGAUACUUCUUUAAAUAUU